CCAUUGUGACACGGGUCCCUGCCCUGAGUGUGGGAAUGUUUAAGGAACAGAGAGCCUUGGAGGUGCCCAGUCCUAAGGAAAUACCUCCCUCAGGACUCAGCAGCUCGCCAGGGCAACCCUGGCAGGUCUGAGGCAGAGGAUGCCAAAGGUAAACAUGGACAAGGAGCAGCUGGCAGCACACAUGAAACAGGCACAUGGCAGGGCUUCAUCAGCUUCCCUGGGAAGGGAUGCAGAUGCGCUGAGAGGCCACUGGGAGCAAACAGCACAGCAGGACGCAGCAAGGCCGUCAGUGUGCAUUGAAUACAGCCUUGGCAGUAUGUCAGGGGGUCACAAGAAGAAGGAGACUGUUGUAAAGCAGGUCAUUGUGUCCUUCAAGAGGAAGCCUCCAGAGGAACUGUGCAGGAACUGCCUGACCCACACCACGUGCAGACAGGCUCCACUUCGGAGAGCCAGCCUGCCACAGCAGCAGGAUGACCUGGAGGACAGGGAGCUCCAGCAGCCAGAGAACGAGGGACAGUGUUUCUCCCGGAGGCAGUCAGAGGUUCUCUAUGGAAGACCUGGGCAGGUGGGUGCCAAGGAUGGAAUGAGACAGCCUAAGAUAGGACGUGACAGGUCCAUGAGCUUUCCAUGGACCACACGACAGCAGCCACAAGUUGUAUAUGUGACGUUCACGAAGGGCACCAUGAGCAAGCAGGAGGCGUUGGAGUGUCUGGAAGCCCAUACUGCCACCAGUGAGCCAGUGGCUUUGGCCGAGGAGGAAGAACGGGAAGAGGGUGUUGACAAAAAGCUGUCCCAGGAGGACAGGUGGGAAGAUACAAUCAGCAGACAACUGGACCUGAAACUAAGCAUGAGUGAAGCAACAGUAGCAGAAACACCUGCAGGACAUACCUACAGAUCUCCUUCCCUCACAGUCAUUGAUGCCCUGGCUCACGAGAGGCGGACGUCCUUCCAGAGGUCACCAAGGGCUCUGCACAGGGCCUCCACUGCCACAGAGAGCAGGAGAAGCAGCAGGAGCAGCCUCUGUCCAGAAGAGAAGGAGAAGCAGCACACAAGAGAUUGCACACCGGCUCCGCUGGACACAACCCAGUACAUCACGGGUGAGGUCGUACACAAGGCUGUAACUGCGAUCCAGGAACCAAGUGAGCAGACAGAAGAGCAACAGGACCUGGAACAAAAUAUGGAUGAGGUGACAAAAGUCACAGCCACAACAGAAGGGACAGAAAGCCCAGCAGAUGCCCCGCACAGCCCCACAGACAAUGCCCCUGUUCUGCUGGACACAGACGAGUACAACAGGACAAAGGUCCUGGGCAAGGGUGUAAUUGCGAUCCAGGGAACCAAGCAACAGCCAGAAGAACUGAGGGACCUGGAAAAAAGUACAGAUGAGGUGACAAGAGCAACAGCCACAGCAGCAGGGGCAGAGAUACGCAGGCACAUACUCCACACAGCCCCACGCAACGCUACAGACGAUGCCCCUGUUCUGCUGGACACAGCUCAGUACAUCAGGACUGAGGUCAUCCGCAAGGCUGUAAUUAUGACCCAGGCACCUGUUCUGCAACUGGAAGAACAGUGGAACCAGGAAGGAAGCAUGGAUGAGGUAAUGGCAGCAACAACCACAACAGCAGAAGUGUCAGAGAGCCCAGUAUAUGCCCCGAACUGCCCCACACCUGAUGCUCCAACUCUACUGGACACAUUCCAGUACAUCAGGAAUGAAGCCCAGGACAAGGCUAUACUAUUAGUCCAGUGUCCUGAACAACAGCCGGAAGAACAGCGAGACCUGGAACAAGGCAUGGAUGAGGUUCUGAGAGCAAUAACCACAGCAGCAGGAGCACAGAGCCCAGCACAUGCCCUGCACAGCCCCGCAGACAAUGCCCCCACUCAGCCAGACACAGACGAGUACAACAGGACAAAGGUCCUGGGCAAGGGUGUAAUUGUGAUCCAGGGAACCAAGCAACAGCCAGAAGAACUGAAGGACCUGAAACAAAGCACAGGAGAGGUGAUGAGAGCAACAGCCACAGCAGCAGAGGCAGAGGUUCUGGCACAUACCCUGCACAGCCCCGCAGGCAAUGAUCCAGCUCUGCUGGACACAACCCAGGACAUCAGGGGUGAGGUCGUGGGCAAGGCUGCUCUAAACAGUUCUCUAAAGAGUUCCAAACAGCUGUCGAAAGUACAGCAGAACCCAGAAAAAGGUGCGAAUAACACGGUGAAAGCAACAGCCACAGCAGCACGGACUGCUCCAACAGCCAGAAGAACAGCAGGACCAGAAAGGAAGUAUGGACGAGGCACAGGCAGGACCAACCUCAUCAGUAGGGCCAGAGAGCCCAGCAAACGCCCCCCAAAGCCCCACAGCUGAAGCUCCAACUCUGCUGGACACAACCCACUACGUCAGGAGUGGGGUCCUGGGCAAGGCCGCUCUUGCAGCCCUGGGACCUGUCCAGCAGACAGAAAAACAGUGGGGCUGGUAAGGAAGCAUGGAUGAAGCAACAGCAUCAGGAAUAGCUGCAUCCAGCUGCCCCAGGGACUUGGCACUACCAGUAUAUCCUUGUCCAUGGCUUCAGGGGACCCACCUAUGAUUUGAUGCGGACACAUUUUGAGGCUAAUAAAAUGUGACGAUUUUCCAA